CUGACUGUGGGGCUGACUGUGAGGCUGACUGACUGUGCUCCCUGUGCUUCCCCCUUACAGCCCUGCAUCCUCAUCAACAACAUCCAGCAGCUUCGGGUGCAGCUGGAGAAGAUGUUUGAGUCUAUGGGUGGAAAGCAGCUGGACGCAGAGGCCAGCGACCUUCUGAAGGAGCUGCAGAAUCGCCUCAACACCGUGAUGGAUGAGCUGAGUGCAGUGUUUGGAGCCAGCUUCCAGCCGGUGAUUGAGGACUGCGUGAAGCAGAUGAACCAGGAGCUGGUCCAGAUGAAGGGGUCAGCCAACAAGAGCAACGCCGCCAUGGAUGCCGAGACUGUGCUACGGCCGCUGAUGGACCUGCUGGAUAAAAAUUUGAUUCUGUUUGCCAAGAUCUGCGAGAAGACCGUGCUGAAGCGGGUGUUGAAAGAGCUGUGGAAGAUCGUGCUCAACACCAUCGAAAGGACCAUCGUCCUCCCUCCGCUCACAGACCAGAAUCAAGGAGCUCAGAUGAUCUUCAGUGCUGCCAAGGACCUGGGACAGCUCUCCAAACUCAAGGAGCAUGUCAUUCGAGAGGAAGCCAGGAGUCUGACGCCACGACAGUGUGCAGCCAUGGACCUGGUUCUCCCCACCAUCAAGCAAUAUUUCCAUGCUGGAGGAAAUGGCCUCAAGAAGACUUUCCUUGAGAAGAGCCCUGAUCUGAGGUCCCUGAAAUAUGCUCUCAGCCUUUACACCCAACCUACAGAUGCCUUGAUCAAGAAAUAUAUAUGCACCCAAACCUCUCAAGGUCAGUCAACCAAUGGAUCGGUGGGUGAGGUGUCGAUGCAAGUGGAUCUCAUCUCUCACCCUGGCACUGGAGAACACAAAGUCAGCGCAAAGGUGGUGGGCGUCAACAACAUCACCUGGCAGACCAACGCCAUGUUCCGCCCCUUCGUGGAGGUGAACGCCGUAGGCCCGCACCUCGCUGACAAGAAGCGCAAGUUCAGCACCAAGACCAAGAACAACAACUGGUCACCAAAGUACAACGAAACAUUCCAAUACGUUCUAAGUAACGAGCACGGCCCAGAGGCCUACGAGCUGCACGUGUCAGUGAAGGACUACUGCUUCGCCCGCGAGGACCGCACCAUCGGCAUGGCGGUGAUCCAGCUGAGGGAGCUGGCGGACAAGGGUAGCUGCUCGUCCUGCUACCCGCUGGUGAAGAGCGUGUCCAUGGACGACACCGGCCUCACCAUCAUGAGGAUACUCUCUCAGAGGACCAACGACGAGGUGGCCAAAGAGUUUGUGCGUCUCAAGACGGACACCCGCUCCACCGAGGAAGUGUCCUAGUCGGGGGAGCGGGAGUCACGGGGGGGGUCCCGUCCGGACGGGGGAAGAUAGACAGACAGAGAGAGAGAGGGAGAGAGA